UCUUUCCAUCCUUCCUUCCUACCCCCCUCUUAAACGAAACCCUCCUUUUCCUUUCCUUUGCUAACUUACCAACAAACAAACAAACAAUGUCCAAGUACUCAAAGAGUAAUACUAAAAAUAAUCCUCCGUCAAAUUCCAGUAGUUGUUUUACUACCAUUCUUCAAAGACUCAUUUGUACCGGCAAUCUUCCUACUAACCCGACUCCGCCUGAUCAUCGAAUACUCGUAAAACCUGACCCAUUAACCAACAAGAAUGUUAAUGGGUCGGACGUUGCAGUUCAAGUUCAAGCUCAAGCUCAAGUUGGAGAGAAUAGUAGUAAUGGUGGUCCAGGAAUCGUUGCGAGACUAAUGGGGUUAGACACAUUGCCUGGUAAAUACCAUAAAAACAACGAUGUCACAACACUUGAUUCGCUUUUUCGAAGCAAGUCUUUGAAUUCAGUACAUUUCUUGCCUGAUUUUGAUCCAACGUAACAAGAGCUGCAUUUCAUCGUCGUGCCAAGACUACUUCAGCCUCUUUUCAUGAACAAGCUCAAGCCCGGAGUCGUUCUAACUUCUUCUUCGUCUCUAAUAAUGGUGAUAAUAAGUUGGAUAGUGAUGAUAAUACGAAGAAGAAAGCGGCCGAUUUUAAAGCGACAAUGACGUUGACAAAAGAGGGUAAUAAGAAAAGUAGACCGCCGCCGCGAGACGACGGUCGAGUAAUAAAAGAUAGUAGGAGUAAUAAGAAAAGGUAUGAAGAACGUUACACUAGUAGUACUAGUUGUAGUAGUGGUAGUAUGAGGUUAAGGAAUAAUAAUAAUAAUGAUGAUGGUUUAAGGGAGAAAUGUGGAGUUCAAAAGAGGAAAUUAUUAGUGAGUACUAAAAAGGGAAAAUUGAGUGGGAAAGUUGUUGAUUCAUCAAUUAUUGAUUCGAGGAAGAAGAUGGUUGAUCAGAAACAACAUAUGAUUUGUAUUGAGGUUCAAAGUGAUGAUCAAUUGUUUUCAAGAAGCCCUGUUUCUGUUCUUGAUGGUCAUCUUACCAAGGAAAUUAGUCCCUUUUCUAAAGGGGAAGGAAGAAAUUUAAGUUCAAAGUCAAGGAGAAAAUCAUCACCAAAGAUCAAAAUUAAUGAUAAUUUGCCACAAGAUAUAGCGCCAAAAUCGACAAAAAAUUAUCAGGACUAUUGUAACAAGAUUGCUAACAAACAGGAGCUGGUGAAAGCAGAGGUUGAGGCAGCAGAAAAUUUUAUGGAAAUGUUGGAAAAUAUUUGUAAGUUGGCAGGAGAAGAGCAUAUAAAAAAGGACACAAAAUGGGUGAAAAAGUAUGAAUUAUUGAAGGUGCAUUUUGUGGAAGAUUUGUGUAUACAUUUGGGUCAAGAUUUGGUUGACUUGUUGUUAGAUGAACUAUUAGAUGAAAUAGUCAUGGCAUUAUAAUUAAGGCCCAAAUGGGUAUUUUGCUGGUUUUGUUUACUAGCGGGCUAACAGCCCAUUUUGAGUUUACUAUUAUGAAAAGGAAAAUAUAGGGUUUUACUUA